GUCCGCCUGGGGGACGCCAGAGCCGGGCAGGAGCCGCCGCGGGAGGGAGCGGGCGGCCGGUGCCGGGGCAGCGCCAUGGCCGAGCGAUACGACGUGGUCGUGGUCGGGGGCGGCAUCUCAGGUCUUUCAGCUGCCAAACUGCUGACUGAGUCAGGCUUGAAUGUGGUGUUGCUGGAAGCCAAUGACAGGGUUGGUGGAAGAACUUUCACUGUAAGGAAUAAGCAAGUUAAAUAUGUGGACCUUGGAGGAGCUUACGUGGGGCCAACACAAAAUCGUCUCCUGCGGUUAUCUAAAGAGUUAGGAAUAGAGACGUAUAAAGUGAAUGAAGUUGAGCACCUGAUACACCAUGUCAAGGGUAAGUCUUACCCCUUUAAAGGUCCAUUCCCUCCUAUGUGGAAUCUGUUGGCCUACCUGGACUACAACAACCUAUGGAGGACCAUGGACGAAAUGGGAAAGGAGAUUCCCAGCGAAGCCCCAUGGAAGGCUCCCCAUGCAGAAGAAUGGGACAAAAUGACUAUGCAAGAUUUCAUAGAUAAAAUUUGCUGGACAAAUGCUGCCAAGAGUUUCGCAACUCUGUUUGUGAAUGUGGAUGUCACUUCUGAACCCCAUGAGGUCUCUGCCCUUUGGUUUUUGUGGUACGUGAAGCAGUGUGGGGGGACAACAAGGAUAUUCUCAACAACAAAUGGAGGACAGGAGAGGAAGUUUGUUGGGGGCUCUGGCCAGAUCAGUGAGAAAAUGAUGGAGCGCCUGGGAGGCCGGGUGAAGCUGAGGAAGCCAGUUGUCCGCAUUGACCAGUCGGGUGAAAGUGUCAUAGUGGAAACCUUAGAUCAUGAAUUAUAUGAGGGCAAAUAUGUGAUCAGUGCCAUUCCCCCAGCUCUUGGUUUGAAGAUUCAUUUCAACCCACCUUUGCCCCCAAUGAGAAACCAGCUCAUCAACCGAAUCCCCAUGGGCUCAGUCAUCAAGUGCAUUGUAUACUAUAAGGAAACUUUCUGGAGGAAGAAGGGGUAUUGUGGUACCAUGAUCAUUGAAGAUGAGGAUGCUGCAAUUAGUUUAACACUUGAUGAUACUAAGCCUGAUGGCAGCUUUCCUGCCAUAAUAGGCUUCAUUCUUGCUCGGAAGUGUAGAAGACUGACAGGUCUCACAAAAGAAGAAAGGAAGACAAGGCUGUGUGAGCUCUAUGCAAAGGUUCUGGGAUCAGAAGAAGCUUUACAUCCAGUGCAUUAUGAAGAGAAGAACUGGUGUGAAGAGCAGUAUUCUGGGGGCUGCUACACAGCCUACUUCCCACCAGGCAUAAUGACUCAGUAUGGAAGGAUUAUUCGGCAGCCCAUUGGCAGGAUCUAUUUUGCUGGCACAGAGACAGCCACAGAGUGGAGCGGAUAUAUGGAGGGGGCUGUACAGGCUGGAGAGAGAGCAGCCAGAGAGAUACUGUUUGCUAUGAGGAAAAUCCCAGACAGUGAAAUUUGGAAGCCAGAACCUGAAUCAAUUGAUGUUCCAGCUUUGCCCAUCACUACAACCUUCUGGGAGAGGAACUUGCCGUCUGUGCCAGGACUGCUAAAGCUGAUUGGAUUGUCCACUUUCUUCACCUCGGUGGCUGCGGCUGGGUUAUUUGCCUACAGAAAGGGACUUCUAGUUCGAAACUGAAAAAGCUGUGUCUUGCUACGAUUACGCUGUGGAGCUGAUCACCACUAUGGGAUUAAAAAGAAGGAUUUGCUGCUGUUUUCUCAACAUCUUCCACGUAAAAGGAAUAUAUGGCACUUCGUGUAUUUGGAUGCCAGUGUGAUGAGAAAAUUGACAAAUGUAGGUAGAGAAUCAAGUUGCUUCCCCAUGGGUAAAGGGAACUGUUCACACUGGCUUACAUUUUUAAAAUUCCUUCGUGCCAGCCCUUCAAAGAGAGGAAUGAAGUCUGGUUUUAACGGGUAACCAGUUGUGCUAUAUUCUUAAUUUAUUAACGUGAUGAGAAAUCUGCUAUCAUGAAAGUUCCAGCAGUUUACGAGCUUCGUAAAAUGUAUUAUAGGAACAACCAUGGAACUAACUGUAUUUGUCUCUUACGAACUGAUUUGUGUUAUCAUGCAUAUUUUGUAAGGCUCUUAAGAGUUUGCAAAAAAAAAAGAGGUUUACUUGCUUGUACACUGUUAUGAUAGCAACUGUAUAUUGCAAAGGAUAUCGGGUCAGGGCAUGAAAAUCUUGUGUUAACCAAAGUACUUGAAAGCUAAUUGUAUAAACUCCUUGACAAUAACAAGGAAGUGAGCAAUCUGAGGCAGCCCCUUGUCUUUCCUUUACCCAGUCCAUUUUUUUUUUUCUCAGUGCAGACUUGAUUCCACAUAGCACAUCUGCUGUCAAUACAACAAAGACAUUAAUCACAAUUAAGUAUAUGUCUGAGCAUUGUCCAUCACUGGAACCCAGGGCCUGGAGGAGAAGCUAGGGACUUCUAUUACAAUAAUCUUCGUGUAUCCUCAGUGGGACUAUUGUUUCACUGAGGUAGACUUUACAGAAGUGCAGGCGACAACAGAUCUGCUACUGCUCUCAGGCAAGAAGCAAACCUACUUAAAUUGCAGAUUACAAAUGCUCACAAAUAAACCUGACCUGUGUUUAAAUGGACUAACUUUCCCUCUCCCAUCUCCACCACCUUAAGAUCACCUUGAUCUUAAAAUCUGUUCUUCAAUAGAGAUAAAAAUGAGAUGGCCAAAGCAGGCUUGCUUCAAAGUAUCUCUACAGUCAAAUCAUUUAGGCGUUGUCAUAGACUGCUGCUUAUAGCGUGUCUCCUGUGGUCAUGUACAGGUCAGUGUUCAGUGAUGCCUGCCUCUGUGUUUUGGAAAAAAAAGAGUGACUUCACUUUGCAGGAAUAUAUAUGCUGUGUGUGUGAUGAAUUUGUGCCUUUUAUAACUGUAGCAUUUUCUCAAGUGCCUCUGUGGUGACUGUCUCCCUUGGUUUCCUUCUUAAGUUCCCUUUUCAAUAGGCUCUGCAGAUAUUUUUAUCUGACAGCUGUGAACUUUUUUUAACCUUAAUUAGAAUCAAUAAAUAUUGUCAUGUCA